AUGUUUCGACUGGCCGUCAGAUUUCUUGGUUUUUGUGCUGCAGCAUAUGCAGCGAGCUCGUCUCCGACAGCGACGGUGCGUAAUGGCACCUACGUCGGCGUGCGAAGCACGACAUACGAGCAGGAUUUCUUCCUGGGUAUGCCGUAUGCACAGCAGCCGAUUGGCACCUUGCGCUUUACGGUGCCGCAGUCGUUAAAUGAGAGCUGGGAAGGAGCGCGUGAUGCUAAAGAGUACUCAGAUAUCUGUGUUGGUUAUGGGACGGACUCGAUCUGGUAUCCUCAGUCCGAAGCAUGCCUAACACUGAAUGUCAUUCGCGGUGCAUCCGUUGAUAAGAAUUCCAAACUGCCUGUGGGUGUCUGGAUCCAUGGUGGUGGAUUCGUUGAAGGGUCAGGCAGAGACCAGCGCUACAACACGUCUGCCAUGAUUGAGAACUCGUACCGAAUCGGCAAACCGUUCCUCGCCGUGACGCUCAACUACCGGCUAUCUGCCUGGGGAUUCAUAAGCUCGAGCCAAGUCUGGGGAUCAGGCAACACCAAUCUGGGACUGCGCGAUCAGAGACUCGCUCUCCAAUGGGUGCAGGAGAACAUCGGCGCUUUCGGCGGCGAUCCGGACAAGGUAACUAUCUGGGGCGAGUCCGCGGGUGCCAUGUCAGUAGGCUAUCACCUCACCGCAUACGGCGGGCGCGACGAUAAAUUGUUCCGAGCGGGGAUUAUGGAGUCUGGCGGAUCUAUUAGUGCCAGUCCAUCCAACUACACGGGCUUCCAACCCCUGUACGAUAACCUCACAGCCCAGGUGAAUUGCUCGAAUGUGGUGGACUCGCUGCAGUGUCUGCGGGAGGUACCGUUUGAACAGCUUAAUGCCGUCCUCAACGGUACAGAUGGGGAAUCUGAGUACAACUUUGCGCCUGUGGUUGAUGGCGACUUGGUUCGCAACUGGGGAAGUAUCCAGCUGGACAGGCGCGAGUUUGUCAAAGUGCCUAUCCUCAUGGGCAGCAACACGGAUGAAGGGACUGCGUUUGGGCCGGUGGGAAUAAACACUACGGAACAGUUUUAUGAGUAUCUGACUGAUGGCGGUUUCGGAUUCCAAACGCCACCAUCAGUAGCAUCGCGCAUCCUGCAACUAUACCCCGACAUCCCAUCGGAAGGUAUUCCCGCAUUUCUAGGCAAUAAGCGGGUACCAUCAAUGGGACGGGAAUGGCGCCGCACCAGCGCAUUUGCAGGCGACUGGACGAUGCACGCAAACCGACGACGACAGUGCGAGGUCUGGAGCGAAACCAGCACAGCGGCAUACUGCUACCGGUUUAACGUGCACGCGGCGGACGUACCAUUGCUAUAUGGCGCGACGCACUUUGAGGAAGUUUCUUUUGUUUUUCACAACAUCGCAGGUCUGGGAUAUCACUACGGCAAGCCAUUUGCGGGCGUGCCGCAGUCGUAUAUCGAUCUCAGUACGAUGAUGACGAGCAUGUGGGCCUCCUUUAUUCAUGACCUCGACCCAAACACGGGUGUGGUCAAUCGGUCGGUGCAUUGGAGUGCUUACGACAGUGACAAGCCGCAAGAUCUUUUCCUAAAUUCUAAUACCUCUAGCCAUAUGGAGGCUGAUACUUGGCGGAAGGGGGGAUUGACUAUAUAA